AUGAUGACCAAAGUGAAAGCACAGGGGCUGGUCUCCGACCUGAUGCCCAACAUCAAGUUGAUGCAGGCAGCUGGACACUUCCUCUUCAAUUACCAUGCAGAAAAUGGUGGUAUGAGCGGCCUCCUUCGUAAGAUCUACGCCAGUACCCACGCGAUUCUCAUCACCAUACAUUUUGCCUGUAUGGGUAUCAACAUGGCCCAGUACUCCGAUGAGGUCAACGAGCUGACUGCCAACACUAUCACCGUCCUCUUCUUCACUCACACCAUCAUCAAGUUGGGGUUCUUCGCUUUGAACUCCAAGAGUUUUUACAGGACUUUAGCAGUAUGGAACCAGUCGAACAGCCACCCUCUGUUCACGGAGUCAGAUGCCCGCUACCAUCAAAUUGCGCUCACCAAGAUGAGAAGACUCCUGUACUUUAUCUGCGGCAUGACUGUCCUGUCAGUUGUUAGCUGGGUCACACUCACAUUCUUCGGUGAAUCAGUCCGCCUGAUUACUAGUAAGGAAACGAAUGAGACGUUGACAGAAGUAGCCCCUCGACUGCCUCUGAAGGCCUGGUACCCUUUCAAUGCUAUGAGCGGCACCACGUAUAUCAUCGCUUUCGCUUUUCAGGUCUACUGGCUCCUCUUCUCAAUGGCUAUAGCAAAUCUGAUGGAUGUUAUGUUCUGCUCCUGGCUGAUCUUCGCAUGUGAACAGCUGCAGCACCUGAAGGCCAUCAUGAAACCUCUCAUGGAACUCAGUGCUUCGCUAGACACGUAUCGGCCUAAUACUGCUGAGCUGUUCCGUGCUUCUUCCACUGAGAAAUCAGAAAAGAUUCCUGACACUGUCGAUAUGGACAUCCGCGGCAUAUAUUCCACACAACAAGAUUUCGGGAUGACAUUGCGAGGAGCUGGAGGUAGACUGCAGACCUUUGGACAGCAGAACAACAACCCUAAUGGCUUGACUCCGAAGCAGGAGAUGCUGGCGAGGUCUGCUAUUAAGUAUUGGGUGGAGAGGCACAAACACGUCGUUAGAUUGGUAGCAUCGAUAGGAGACACGUAUGGUACUGCUCUGCUGUUCCACAUGUUGGUGUCAACUAUUACACUCACUCUACUUGCUUAUCAGGCUACUAAGAUCAAUGGAAUUAAUGUGUAUGCGUUCAGUACUAUUGGCUACCUCAGCUAUACCCUGGGACAGGUGUUCCAUUUCUGUAUCUUCGGGAACAGGCUUAUUGAAGAGAGUUCUUCAGUGAUGGAAGCCGCCUACUCCUGCCAGUGGUACGACGGCUCCGAGGAAGCAAAGACCUUCGUCCAGAUCGUGUGCCAGCAAUGCCAGAAAGCCAUGAGCAUCUCCGGGGCCAAGUUCUUCACGGUGUCACUUGAUCUUUUUGCUUCGGUACUUGGUGCAGUAGUUACUUACUUCAUGGUGUUGGUACAGCUGAAGUAA